UUUUUUGUUUCAGGCACCCAAUAUACAAAGUUUGCUGGCUUUAAAGGGUGCGAGUGCUUACCGAAUUUUUAUCGAAUGGAUCGAUUUGGCCAAUGCAUGCAAUGUCUAUCACGAGGACUAUCAUGCCAAAACGAGUCAGUGAGACUACAGCCAGGAUUCUAUUGGAAAUGGCCAUCGAAUGACAGUCUCACGAAAUACCAAAAAUUCUCAACAGAUCUUUUAGUCAACAGUGACUCCUACACACUACUCAGAUUCCAAGGAACAGUGCCGCCGGUUUACGAAUGUCCAGCAAAAGAGGCAUGUCUUGGAGGUAUGGAGUCGAAGUGUUCCUAUGGAUACGAGGGUCCAUUAUGCGCCGUUUGCAGUAAAGGACAUUACCAAUUGUUCAACCGCUGUCGCAAAUGUCCCAAACUACUUUGGUUCAUUUUGCAAUUGAUUGGUAUCACCAUCAUAUGUACUAUUCUCACAGCAAGCGUGAUUUUGGGAAGGAGAAAAACUUGUGCAUCCGGUAGAAAAGUGACUGACAUGAUGUUAGCUCGUCUUAAGAUCGUCAUUGGCUUUUACCAAGUCACAUAUGGAACCUUAAACACGUUCUCUUACGUUGAAUGGCCCAAUGCGUUAUGGACGCUUGUGCAUUAUGCAAACAUAGUGCAGCUGAACUUACUGGAUAUUAUACCGUUGCAGUGUAUCAUCAACGGAAUAACAGUAAAUGCGUACACCAGAUUACUAGUUGUAAUUGGGCUACACACGGCACUUCUUAUCCUUGCAACUCUAGUCUACCAGCUUAGGAAACUGCUGCUUUUUAAAAAGGGGCUCAAUAAUUUGGAAUUGACUGAAUCUCUGUCCGCUGAAAGAACUCAGGUCUAUCGGAUUGUUUCCCUCCUGGUUUUUGUGACUUUCCCCUGGACUUGUACCACCAUCUUAAGCUUUCUGUCCCCAACAUGUCAACAGAUUUGCUCCAGCACAGACGUGUGUCAGUCUUUCUUGCGCGCCGACUUCACAGUCCAGUGUUUCACCGAGAAGUACAACAGAUAUACAAUAGCUGUUUAUUUCUUACUUCUACCUGUUGUAGGUGUACCAGCCGUAGUUCUCUUUUUACUAUGGCGGUACUUCCAUAGAAAGAUCCACGACCAAGAGGAAACCCAAAAUCGCAAAGGAAGGGAAAUGUCUAUUGGUCUCAGUUUCCUGUACGAAAAUUAUGCUCGGCAGUGUUGGUUUUGGGAACUUUUCGAGCUGAUCAGAAAAGUAGGGGUGACGUCAUUACUCUUGCUUAUGGGGGCUAACACACGAAGUUAUUUGGGUGCUGCUGCCAUAACAUCAGGGAUCUACACUAUUUUAGUGGCUUAUUUCAAGCCUAUCAGGGACACGUUUGAACAUUGGUUGCAGCUUGUGGCACUUAUCGCAAACUUUGUCACCUUAAACGUUGGGAUGCUAUUAAAAAUACCAAUUGACGAGGUUUCAUUGGACAGCCAGAGAGAAAGAGACAGUAACUUUGUUUCAGUCAUAUUGGUGGUUGUAAAUGUAACCGUUAUAGCCGUUGUGGCAGGUAAGAAUUUAAGUUCUAUGCUAAACGUACCAUGUAUAAAAGCUAGUGACAUCCCCACAGUACGAGUCAAUGAGCUCAAUUUCUCUUAUGGUCCCCUUUGAAAAUAGAGAAAUAUUUAUGUUCCAAUGUAGGUGCAUAACACAGGUGUAAUGUCUUAAUCAGUUCAAGCUAAAGAACCAUUUAUUCCACAACACAACUUGUGCCGAACACUAACAACAGCGUUAGACAGAGACAGCCAACCCAUGCGACAGCAAGAUAAACUGAACUUUCUUCACUGAUUUUGCAUUUAACAACUAAUACAAAAAGUAUCGCUGAUGUUGCAUUCACCUUAGUCAGAUGUUUCUUUCCAAACCAAUAGUUGACUUUGUCCUCUUGAAUUGCAGUGCAGUACAUCUCUAACUUCGUCAAUUCCAUAAAUUAUGUGAGAAAAAAUCCUCAGUGUGGAGCUAGCUGCUGCGCGACAUUCAUGAUGAUUAUAGUUGGGGCAGGAGAAGAUGCCACGGGGCUGGAAACUAAUGACUCAUCUCCGGUCCAGGCAACUCGGUCUCAGACAAGAAACAUCACCGAGUUAAGAUCUUAA